CACCACCAGCAGCUGUCAUCAUUUGUGUCAGAACACUGGGACAGUUUAAUGUAUUUCUGAAACACUUUGAUCAGAAAGUACUGAACUACAGUGUUUAUGACAGAAUGGAAAAGAUGAUUUUUUGGAGUUUAUUCUUUAUAGUCACUGUUCAUGGAGUUUGGAGUGAGAUCAAACUGGACCAGUCUCCAUCUGAGGUGAAAAGACCUGGAGAGACAGUGAAGAUGUCAUGUAUCAUAUCUGGUUAUAGCAUGACAAGCUACUAUAUACACUGGAUACAACAGAGACCAGGGAGAGGUCUGGAGUGGAUUGGGAGGAUGGACACAGGCUCAAACUCUGCUAGCUAUGGCAGCUCCUUUCAAAGUCGUUUUGUCAUGACUGAAGAUGUGUCCAGCAGCACUCAGUACCUCCAGGUCAACAGUCUGACAGCAGAAGAUUCUGCUGUUUACUUCUGUGCUCGAGACACAGUGACUGAAGACAGUGGAGCAGCCUUUGACUACUGGGGUAAAGGGACUGCAGUCACAGUACAAUCAGAAGCUUCUCAAUCGCCGACUCUGUUCCCUGUGGUGCAGUGCAAAACUGGAUCUGGAAAAAUGACUGUUGGUUGUCUUGCGCAUGACUUCUCCCCAAAGCAUCUAAUUUUCCAGUGGACUGAUGCUAGUGGGACUGCCCUGACUUCAGUACAACAUUCUUCAGUUUCAGCUCAAAACAACAAAUAUAUAGGAGUCAGUUUUAUCCAAAUAUCAAAAUCAGACUGGGAUUCAAGGAAAUCUUACAACUGCACAGUAACUCAUGUUGGUGCUCCCAAAAUCCUGCAUGUGCAAAAGCCUAUUCCUGCAAAAGUGACUUUGAUAUCUGUGCCAAGUGAGGACACCCAGGCCCUGGUCUGUACAAUUGAGGACAGCCGCAGUGGAACAUUGGAACCAUUUAAAUGGAAAAAGAAUGACGUAGCGUUGGCCAGCUACAUUGAAAGCUCCAUGAUAAAAACUGGAGAGUUAAAUUCAGCUGUCAGUGUCCUGAAAGUCAGCAACACAGACUGGGACAGUAAAGCUGUUUACACCUGUGAGGCAACUUACAGAGGAACCAUAUAUACAAGAAAGAUCUCAAAAGGUGCUGUCACAGUAACCCUGGAACAACCAAGUCCAAAAAUAAUUUUCAGCAACAACCAGGCAAAGCUGGACUGUGUCAUCACUGGACAAGACAGGACCAUUGUAGAUGAAACUCAAAUCACAUGGGAAAUUGAUGGAGAAGUGACCAGUGGAGUCCUUGGGCAAGUGAAGUCUAGCAGCACUCAGUACAGCAAAACCAGCACAGUGACUCUUGAUUAUACCAAGUGGCAGAAUGUCAACAAAGUGCGCUGUUCUGCCACUAGAGAAGAUAUGACACCAGUUAUUCAAGAUCUGACUGUCCACAGAGGAGAAGGGAGACAGACAAAAGUGACAGUCCACGUCCUUCCAGACGAGGACAUUGAUAAAGGGGACUCAACUGAGGUCACUCUGGUGUGUCUGGUCUCCAGUCCUGUGCAGCAAGAUUACUACAUCGCCUGGACAGAGCAAUCUGAAAGAGAUUCUGGAAUUUAUGCUGAUGGCAUAAACUUCUUCCAAGAUAAGAAUGAAAAAGGUUUCUCAGUUACAAGUGUUUACAAAACCACCAAGAAAAACUGGAACGAGAAGCACAUUUUUUAUUGCCACGUCCGGCCUGCUGGCAGCACCGAGUCCAUGACAUCACGAGGAGUGUCUAAGAUCAAGGAAUCAAAUCCGAGUUUUGCUCAGAGCUGCACAGAAGAUCCCACUGAAGAGGAUGAGCUCAGCAGUCUGUGGUCCACAACCUCCUUCUUCAUAUUUCUAUUCAUAUUCUCUCUCUUCUAUAACAUGAUAUUCAGCCUGGUCAAGAUGAAGAAACAUUAAAGAAUGAGAUGGAUACACAGCACAGAUGACUUCAUUUGUUUUGUCUUUUAUCUACUUUUACAAACAUGUACAUUAUCAAUAAUUUAUUGUAUAUUUGCAAACUAAAUGGUCACAAUAUAUAAUGAUUAACUAAGUAAUUCAAAAUUAAUUUCUCUGUAAGCUGUAGAAAAAAUUGGAACACGUGCAGUUCUUGAAUACAUUUUCCUACAUUCAGUAAUGUUGUUACAUUAAGAUUUAACACUUUUAGUGUCACUAAAAUGUUUUGUGAUAUGCAGUAUGAACUUGUUAUGUAAAUAAAAGAAGCAGAAAUAAGUGUUUACUAUGUAUGAUUUAGCAUUUCACAGCUUGACUAAAUAAAUCUUUUUUCAUGUCUGA